CCUAAUUUCCUAAUUGUCUACCCAAAUUCAAAAACACAAAGCCCUAAUUUUGAUUCGGAGCUCUUUCCUCUCUGCUCUCUCCGAGCAAAUCACCAAUGGAUUACAGCGACACCGACGAUUCUCUGCGCCGGAGGUCCAGAAAAAUCGCUAUUCUCGGCGAAUCGGCUCGCAGGCAAUUUGAAUCGCCAAGUGGACGUUCUUCUGGAUAUAUGGGAGAAUUGAACUAUAUGCAGGAGGAUGAUAUUCGGCUAGAGGCGACACGAUCUAGAUUGUCAAAUGUCUUCAAGAGGCAUGGUGAUUUAACGGAGCGGAUGUCUAGGGAUUCUGACAAGACAAUUUAUGAGCGUCUACAUAAGGAUUUUGAAGCUGCACGUGCUUUACAAACUCAAGAGAUCUAUUUAGAUGGUGAACAAUGGAAUGAUGGACUGUUAGCCACAAUAAGAGAACGGGUUCACAUGGAGGUAGAAAGAAAGGCAAUGGCAAGAGAUGUAAGCAUGUUGCAGAGUCUUCAAUUUCAAGAGAGAAUUACCUACAAAGUUGGGGAUAAGGUGAUAUGUUGUUUGGAAGGGGCAAGAAUUGGUAUAUUGUAUGAGACAUCCUAUGCAGGAGAACCUUGUGAUAUAUACCAUUUAGUACUUGAGAGCAAGUCAUUUCUAGAGAAGAUGACUGUCAUUGAACACACAAUUCCAUUUUUUUUGCCACUAAGAGAAGCAGAAAAUGAUCUUCUGUCCUCCAAUGCUAUGAAAUUUAUAGAUUAUGUUGGAGAGCUUUUGCAGGCUUAUGUGGACAGAAAGGAACAGGUUCGGCUUGUCAAGGAGUUAUAUGGGAACCAGAUUAAAGAACUUCAUUGUAGCAUGACCUACCAUUUGAUUUUGUUUGCCAUCGCUGAUUUUGGCUGCAAGGUGAUUGUGAAGCUUAAAUAUGCAGAUCUUGUUUCAGUACUUCCAACUAAUGUUAGUGUGGUAGCCUGGCCGAUUCAAAUCCGGAGAUUCAGUCUAAAUACAUCAACCAUGAAUACACUAGAAGGCCCAACUUGUCUCCUUUAUGCGGAGGAUGCCUUGAGAACAAUGAGCUUACCGGAAGCAUAUGCGGAGAUCGUAUUAAAUUUGCCACAAGCUCUUCGGGAAGUGCAGGAGGAAUCCCCUUGAUAUCACACCUGUGUUUGGAUCUUGAUUUGUACAAAGCCAUAGCAACAAUUGGUUCCGUGAAAAUGAUAGCUCUAGCUGUUUAGUUACAGGCUUAAAUCAGUAUGACUUUUCGUCUUCUUGUUUCAUCUCAUCAUUGUAUAUAUGAGACCACCUGCUUAUAAUGUCCUUGAACUAUCUAUCUCAGGAGGAGUCUGGUGUAUCUAAUUUACUUCUUGCACCCAGAAUACACUAUUGUAUAUAUAUUCCUCCCCUGAUACCUCCAACUUGGUAUUCAUUUGUGGAAUUAGAGUAUAAGAAGUG